CCGCCGGGCAGGGCAAUGCAGCGCUCCCGGGCGGCCGCGGACGAGGCGGCCCUGCUCCUGGCUGGGCUGGCCCUGCGGGAGCUGGAGCCCGGGGGCGGCUCUCCCGCCCGGGGGUGGCGGGGGCCGCGGCCUGGGCCUGGAGACGAGGCGGCGCUGGGCCGUAGAGGGAAGGGCGGUGGAGGCCCCGAGGCUGUGGCGGACGGACUGAGCCGCGGGGAACGGGGUCCCCGGCGCGCGGCGGCCCCAGAGCUUAGCGUGCAGCCUGCGGGCAGCCCACGGGCCAGCCUGGCGGGCUCCGACGGCGGCGGCGGCGGCAGCGCCAGCGCCCGCUCCAGCGGCAUCAGCCUGGGCUACGACCAGCGCCACGGUAGCCCGCGCUCCGGCCGCUCGGACCCGCGCCCUGGCCCCAGGCCCCCGUCGGUGGGCAGCGCCCGCUCCAGCGUGUCCAGCCUUGGCUCCCGGGGCUCCGCCGGCGCCUACGCCGACCUGCUCCUGCCUGGCGCUUGCCCCGCGCCCGCUCGCUCCCCGGAGCCUGCGGGGCCGGCCCCCUUCCCGCUGCCUGCGCUCUCGCUGCCCCCGAGCCGGGAGGGCUGCCCGAGUGCGGCCGAGAGGCGGCUGGAAGCGCUCACCCGGGAGCUGGAGCGGGCGCUGGAGGCACGUACGGCGCGGGACUACUUCGGCAUUUGCAUCAAGUGUGGACUUGGCAUCUACGGAGCCCAGCAGGCGUGCCAGGCAAUGGGGAGCCUGUAUCACACUGACUGCUUCACCUGUGACUCCUGUGGGAGAAGACUCCGUGGGAAGGCAUUCUACAACGUGGGUGAGAAAGUGUACUGCCAGGAGGACUUCCUGUACUCUGGGUUCCAGCAGACGGCCGACAAGUGCAGUGUGUGUGGACAUCUCAUCAUGGACAUGAUCCUGCAGGCCUUGGGCAAGUCCUAUCACCCGGGCUGCUUCCGGUGCUCCGUGUGCAGCGAGUGUCUGGAUGGGGUUCCCUUCACUGUGGACGUGGAGAACAACAUCUACUGCGUGCGAGACUAUCACACGGUUUUUGCACCAAAAUGCGCCUCCUGUGCCCGUCCUAUCCUCCCUGCACAGGGCUGUGAAACAACCAUCCGUGUGGUGUCCAUGGACAGAGACUACCACGUGGCCUGUUACCACUGUGAGGACUGUGGGCUGCAGCUGAGUGGGGAGGAAGGACGCCGCUGCUAUCCCCUGGCGGGCCACCUGCUGUGUCGUCGCUGCCACCUUCAGCGCCUCCAGCCUGGGCCUCUUCCCUCACCGACCGUGCACGUCACUGAGCUCUGAGCAGGGGAAUACCCAUCUCUGGACUGGGGUGGGGGUGGGUGUGGGUGUGGGUGUGGAGGGAGGGCCGCGUGGGUGGCCCCGGUCAGUGUCAGGGUGGGCUUCCCCCAAUCCCACCUUCCCACUGAGCUGCUGUCUGCAGGGGCCGGACCCCCGCAUGGAAGCUUCUAUUUAUUCACGGUCUGUGCCUGCUCAAGUCAACUUCCCUGCGGGCCCUGCCUCCCACACACCCCACCACCAGCUUUCCACUUGGGGGCCCCCUUGCAUCCUGCAGCUUCAGGGUAGGCUAUGGAUCACGAGGAUGGAGAGGGCCCCCGUCCUGGCCACGGGUGCGAGGUGACCCGGGUGCAUUCCUGGGUAGGAGCUGCUGUCCGUUGUUUAGGGGCCUGGGACUCCCCCAACACAAGUGUGCUCCCAGGCAGUGUGUGGUCUGGAAGUUGGGGCUGGCGGGGACAUGCAUGUUCCUGCAUCUCCUAUCGCAGUGCCUGGGUGGGUGGGAAGGCGCCUGGUUUAGGUGGAGUCCCAGCAGGGGGGUGAGGAAUGACACCUGUGGGGAAGGGGCCUGCAAAGGGCACUGGCCACAUGGUCACUGUGGGAAUUGGCCCUGGGAACUCUGAUGGGUGUUUGCAGCCCCAGUCGCUGCCCUGUUCCCCCUUCCAGGGCUCCUGGCUUGGGACUCCCCUACCCUCCUGCUCAGCCCAGAAAAAGCCCGCAGGGGCUGCAGCCCCAGGUCUCGCUCAGGAGCGCCUCGAAGGGGCACCCUGGCCACACUGCGGGAAAGCCCGUGUCUGAGCACCGGCUAUGGGCUCCACUACAAAAGGACAGGAUUUGACUUAAAUUAAGUUUUCCCCUUGAGGAUAUUUUCAUUUUCUUUAAAAGAAUAUAAUUUUCUAAGAUCUUGGACCAGUUUUGUUAUUUCUUAAGCAAAUUCACGUGUCUAAUUUGUCAUGGAGCUGGUUUUCAGGUGUUAAGAACCUUGUGGUUUCAGGACUUUUGUAUAAACUCCUCUAAAACCUCA